GAUUUCUCACGUGGCAUGGCAUUGAGAUGGAGAAUUGCUUUGUUAUAAUGCGAGAUCAAUUUGCAAGUCAUGUUGAUGUGUUGGUAUAUAAUUACUCUUCACUGCUCUCGUUACCUCAUGCGUAAUACGUUAAUGUACAUAUUGUCUCGACAUGCCAGGAACAACUACUCGCCUCUUUGCAUCUUCAGCCAGCGGUGCCAUCACAACCCUUGCGCUAACGAUAGAUGCUCAGGAUUUACCCUCGCUCAAGCCUAUCUCGGUAAUCAAUGAUCCCAAGCUGCGCCCGUCGUUCCUUCUCAAGCACCCAUUAAACAAGACUCUGUACUGCAGCCAUGAAAAUCGAGAGACCUCUAGCUCAAUAGGGGCAUAUUCCAUCUCUUCGGCUGGUGGCUUACAGCUCAUUGAACGGCAUGAUACCUUGGGAGGAUCCUGUCACCAAGAAUUCUACAAUGAUGGGAAGGCACUGGCUAUCGCAGAGUAUGACGGUUCCGGGGUGUCAACUUGGAAGGUCAGCUCCAGCAGCAGCCUUACCCCCCACCAACAAUUCACUUUCGAGAUGGCUUCCACAGGUCCCGACCUAAUUCGACAAGAGGCAUCGCAUCCCCAUCAAAUAGUUGUCGAUCCUUCCGGCCAAUAUCUGUGCGUGGUUGAUCUCGGGGCUGAUGUGAUAAGAAUCUUCGAAAUAGACAACAACGACUCUACACUUAUCGAACAAGACUUUGUCACUGUGCCACCAGGAUCGGGUCCUCGUCAUGGAGUGUUUAGCCUGCGAGAUGGGAAGACUUUCUUCUACCUUGUCUCGGAGCUCUCAAGCACCUUGAUCACGUUCUCUGUUGUAUAUGAGGCAAAUUCUCUAUCAAUGAAGCAACUCUCGCUGCAGUCAAUCUAUGGGUCAGAUCCAGUACCUAAAGGGGCGUACGCCUGUGACGUCCUUGUUUCUGUGAGUAGAGUAGCUCUACUCCAGAAUGGUAGACAAAGCACUGACCCUCCACAGCCAGAUAACAACUUCCUACUUACUUGCUCGCGCUUGGAUUAUAAGCUGCAAAUCGAUUCCUUCAGCGGGGACAACGGCACGGAAAUACCGUCCGAUACGAUGCAGGUAUGGGCUAUCGACCCCACGACGGGUGUGCCGCAGUUCCAGCAGUUGUCGCCAAGUUGGGGAGUGAAUCCUAGGCAUUUCUCGUUCAACAGAAAGGGGAACAUGGUUGCUGUUGCCUUGGUUGGGGAUCACAGAGUGGUCAUUAUCCAACGUGAUACGAUGGAUGGCACAUUAGGAAAGGUUCUGACUCAUGUUGAGGGCAUAAGUGAAGCCAUGUGUGUGGUCUGGGAUGAAUAAUCGUCAUUUAAAGAUAGAGAGACAGGAACUAUGAAAUCAUUCAGCAUUCAAUUGUGUAGCCAUUAUAGAUCAAGGAUGACUAGAGUGAUCUCUAGAAUAUAGCCCCCA